AUGACUAGGGCCACUCGGAAGUUUCCUGUCUCCGAAGGCUCCUCCAGAGGCAGGGCCCUGCCCAGACACGGAGGCAGGCAGGCAGGCAGGCAGGGGACUGACUGGACUGGGCCCGGGGAGAGGAGGCAAAUUUCUCCCCAGCUGACAGGCAGACGGACAGACGGCAGGACGGACACACGGGCGGCGGCUGUGAUUUGCGGCUCGGCGGCAGGCUGGUGGAAGAUGUCGUCGGGGGCCGGUGGAAGGGGUGGGCGGAGGGGCCGGGCCGGGGCGGGGGCGGGCGGGACGGAGGAGGGGCCGGUGGGGAUCCCCUUCCCGGAGCACAGCGCGGACAUCCUGGGCGGCCUGAACGAGCAGCGCCUGAGCGGCCUGCUGUGUGACGUCCUGCUGGUCGCCCAGGGCCGGGAGUUCCCCGCCCACCGCUCCGUCCUGGCCUCCUGCAGCUCCUACUUCCACAAGCUCUUCACCUCCGGCGCCGCCGCCGAUCGCCAGAGCGUCUACGCCAUCGACUUCGUGCGGGCGGAGACCCUGUCUGCCCUCCUGGACUUCGCCUACACCGCCACCCUCACCGUCAGCCACGCCAGCGUGGGGGACAUUCUGAGUGCCGCCCGCCUGCUGGAGAUCCCCCCUGUCCGAGACGUCUGCGCACACCUGCUGGACACCAAAGUGCUCUCCCCGCCGGCGGGCAGUGAGCGAGGAGAGGAUGAAGAGGAGGAUGAGGAGCAGCUGAAGGGCGGAGGAGGCGAGCAGGGGAACCGGCUGCGGGCCCGCGAGUACCUGGAGUUCUUUCAGAAGAGUGCGCACUGGGACAGCAGCUGCAGCACGCCGGAGCUCAGGGACCUGCCCACGCACCCGCACUUUAACCAGCGCAACGGGGCCAGCAGCAACGGGACGCCCAGCGGCCCCCGCGAGUACUACUCCCCCGUGGCCCUCGCCCUGGCUCAGCCGCCCGCGCAGGACCCGGAGGAGGAGGAGGACGACGACGACAGGGAAGGGGCGCAAGCUGAAGACAGGGACAUCCUGGCCUGGGCUAGAGGCGCCGCAGUGCCGCCCUUUUACGCUCCCUCCCAGAACGGACACUACUACCUCCCGCAGGACCCCAAACUGGAGCAGCAGCUGGAGCAGGGCCGGGAGCUGGACGGCGGCUCGGCCAGCGCCCUCCUGCAGCAGAUGAUGGACUCCAUCGAGCGGCAGAAGGAGAGGGUGGCAGCGGGGGAGGACGUCCCGGACGGCGAGGACCCCGACAUGGAGUUUUACUUGAAUUACUUUAACAGCGCGCAGCACGAGGAGGCCGCCGCCUCGCAGGGCCUGCUGCCCUUCACCAGGGGCGGGGCCGGCUCGGGCGGCGGAGGGGGCAGCGGGGAAAAGAAGAUGCGCUCCAAGGCCUUCCAAAAGUGCCCCAUCUGCUCCAAGGUGAUCCAGGGCGCGGGCAAGCUGCCCCGGCACAUCCGCACGCACACCGGAGAGAAGCCCUACGAGUGCGCCAUCUGCAAAGUGCGCUUCACCAGGCAGGACAAGCUGAAGGUUCACAUGCGCAAGCACACGGGGGAGAAGCCCUACCUGUGCACGCAAUGCGGGGCCGCCUUCGCCCACAACUACGACCUGAAGAACCACAUGCGUGUACACACCGGCCUGCGCCCUUACCAGUGCUCCAGCUGCUUCAAGACUUUUGUGCGCUCUGACCACCUGCACCGUCACCUCAAGAAGGAUGGCUGCAACGGCGUCCCCUCCCGCCGAGGCCGCAAGCCGCGUGUGCGGGACCCCGGGCUCCUGGAGGCUGGGGGGGUGCUUCCGAUGCCCGUCCCCCGCAGUGGCAGGGGGAGGCGGCGUCUGGAGGCGGCUGCUGCGGUUGUCGUGGAGGGGGGCCCUGGAAGCCCCGCCCACAGCCCCCGGCAGCAGGAGGAGUUGGGGGAGGCGGGGCAGUGAGCCGGAGGGAUGCUGGACGCCAGAAGGGGUAACAAAACAAGGAGGAAAAAAACAAAG